UGUUAAUGAGGGACAAAAAAAUAUCAUCGGUCAGCAAAUUAUUAAAGUAGCUGAAAGCAUAUGUAUAUUUGGCGAAAUAUAUGAAGCAACUAUUGAAGGCAUAUUUGGCAACUGGGAUGUAAAAGUCUAUGUAGGAAAAAGUGAUGAUAAGUGGAACUAUCUCAAAGAAGGAUUCUAUGAUGAAAUAUCUUUAAUGUUAGAGUUAGGAUUAAAAUAUAUAUGA